AUGAUGGACUUCUUGGAGAAUGAAUCCCCGCCACAAGAAGAUUGCUACAAAUUGUCCAAAUGGCAGGGCAAUGCGAUCGCUGGAGUUGACUGUGGCCAGGAUGGUCACGUGGUUUUCUAUCCUACAGGGCACGUACUGCAGCAAGCGUGUGCAUGGUACAGCAGAGGCGAAUUAGAGGACGACCCACCGUGCUCAAGCACUGUGAUUGAGACUGGCUCUCCUAUUCGACAAUUUAUAGUGAUGGGAAGCAGAGAUGCAUACCAUUCGACGAGUACGGCAAAGAUACUUGCGGCUGCACGUGGCCACACGCACUGCACAAUUAUCGCUGCUCCGUCUCGUGUUACACGUGACAACGUUUGGAAGAUACAAGCCAAAGUUAAGCUCUCUUUGCCGGGGGUUAUCAAGCAUAUAACUGGAAGUCCACAUGCAGAAGCGGAGUUGGCCGUGGUUACGGUCGAUGGUACGGUUCGACGCUGGGAUCCAGAGGGAGGGGUUCAAACUGUCAAAAAAGACUUGUAUGUGUCGGACCGCGUUCUACGCUGCGAAUACUCCAGCCAGCCCAACACGCGACCAAGCUGUUUGAUGUGGCAGGUGCAGGCACCUUCAUUUCCAUUUAUGACGUGA